AUGUUGAAUGAGGAACCAUUUACAACGCCCACUAAGCACUCAGUUGUGGCAGCAAGAUGCUUGCGAGACAAAAUUAUCGUUGUCACAGCACGAACCUUUUUCUUUAUCUCUGCACACAACAAGAUCAAAGCAAGUCGUCAUACCCCUUUACCGGUCUCUGAUGCAGCCCGUAUUCUCAGCUGUAUAUUCCUAGCAGAUAUGCUUGUUGCAGCAUGCAUAGAGGAUAAGGGCGCCUGCUUUUUCGGUCUUUUGUGCCUAGACACACAGACCAUGAUCGCUUCAUCCCCAGAAUUACCAGGCUCUGUCCAUGCUAACCGAACAUUCACUGCGUUUGGGAUGAACAACAUUGUCGUGUUUGCUUUUCUUAGCCGUGCUGGCGUACUCACCAUUUGGCCAUCAAAAGGGGUUUUUCUUGAGCCUCUUCUUUUCCAGUACAAGUAUACUGCUAUCACUCACAUCUUCUCGUCCAUUAUAGCACUAGGUACGACUACAGGCCAAACUAUCCUUGUUGAUGUCAACGGAAUGAAAGUUUUACGGACCCUGGAGCCCUAUCAGCAUGCAGCUGUUCCCUCCAAAGCCGCUGAUCUGGGGUUAGUAAGCCGCUUCUCUAUGAUGUCUAUGACCAAGCAUCUUCCUCGUCCUUCCCUAUCGACUAUUGACGACCCUACGGCAGAAUCAUCUGUAGAUAACGACGACAUGGAUAUUAGUACUAACAACCUUACCUAUGUUAACGCUUCCAGAGAGCUCUUUCUUCAAUCUAUCCUGGACCCGUCCAGCUAUGUUGAGGAGAGUGAUAUCUUUGUGGACGAACUUCCAUCCAAAGGUGCUAGAAAUGUAAGACACAUUGUCCACAUCUGCUUUAGUGAGGAAAUCAAUGUGCUGGCAAGUAUGUCCUCUGGACGAGUUAUCUUUUAUUACUGCUUGGAGAGUCGUGCAGCGUUCCCAGUAUUAUUCUCUACUUAUCGUGCUGCAUGCAUAUCUCCUGGAAAGAGUGGCUUUUUAGUCGGCGAUGAUUAUGGGACAGUUUUACAUGUAAUCUUGGGGAAGAAUCGAGUAUUCAAGUCUAUGUCUAAUUCCAUAGAGCAUUCAGUAUUGCGCUUCCCCCCGCUUAUCAAACUAGCUGGUUGUGCCCACAUGACGACUGCUGCCGUAAGCCUCCUAACUUCAUCGGAUGCAGUGAUUUUAACAGGUUGCGGCCGAUCCCUAUCUGUUUGUUCAUACAAGUUCCUGCAAGAUAAAAUGAAGGAGGCAUCAGCAGAUUUCCUCCGACAGUCUUUGUGCCUUGCUUAUGGACCUGCCUUUAUAAGCAAGUGUUUCAUAACGCUUAACGGGUACAUCACGGCUUUGACAUCAGAGGCGGCAGAGAUGCAUCUACUUGCACAAAUAGAAAAGGAUCUAGCAAUCGUCUGUGAAGAAAAGGAUCCUGAAACAAUGGAUAUGCGCACUGCAUUACAAGCGACUACCGAAAGCAUUAAUUCUAGUCUUACGACGUCUCAGUUUUCUCUUCAGACUAGUAAGUAUGAGCCGCAGGAACAGAAAGAAUACGGCAUGGGCAGUGCCACCAUCUUUGGAGAGCAGCUCUUUGAGCGAGCCGUGAAGAAUAACCUUAGAGAUCUGUAUCGUUUACUUGUAGCUUUUGAUGUCAAGCAGCCUUUCUUCUCUAACAUAUUGAUAGGUAAGGAUGACCGUUUAGAGUUCAUCAAGCAUAUGUUUGCGUUUCAGAACACAUUACAGGAAAACCCCAUGGACGAAAUAGUUCAGUUAAAAGCCCUGACAAAUGCUGACUCAGAGCUAUUAGCAUCUACCAUUGUGCGGAUCAGGAGUGCAAUAUGGAAGGCUUAUUCAGACAUCAUAACAAUCUCUUACUUCUUCGGUUCGCAGCUUCAGCAAAUCCGGAGCAUGCUUGUGUCCAUGACCAAGACGGUGAAAUCUUUAGGUAAUUCCAUCAUUGGUGCUGCAUAUCAAGCACAACUGCAUAAUAUAGAUCCAGAUCGGUUCGAUCAGAUGGUAGAACAAAUACAGGGCCAUAUCAACUAA